AUGGCUGACGCGCCCAACACCAACGAUGAGCUCUACCCCAUCGCCGUCCUCAUCGACGAGCUCAAGCACGACGAUGUUAUCCUCCGCCUGAACGCCAUUCACCGCCUUUCGACCAUUGCUCUCGCCCUCGGUGCCGAGCGCACGAGGGAAGAGCUCAUCCCGUUCCUGGAUGAGUCGGUUGAGGAUGAGGACGAGGUCCUGGUUGCCCUGAGCGAGGAGCUCGGAAGCUUCAUCGAGUACGUCGGAGGAUCUCAAUGGGGCCAUGUCCUGCUGUCGCCCCUGGAGAACCUGGCUGCCAUCGAGGAACCCGUGGUGCGGGACAAGGCCGUCGAGUCGCUCAACAAGAUCUGUGAAAGCCUCUCCUCUCAGCAGGUCGAGGAGUACUUCAUCCCUCUCACGAUCCGACUCUCCAAAGCCGACUGGUUCACGUCCAAGGUGUCCGGAUGUGGCCUCUACACCACCCCCUACAAGAAGGUCUCUCCGCCUGUUCAGGAGCAGCUUCGCCAACAGUUUGGGCUCCUGGUGCAUGACGAGACCCCCAUGGUCCGUCGCCAGGCCGCCACCAACAUGGCAAAGUUUGUCAAGGAGAUGCCUGCCGCCAUUGUCAUCGACGAAAUGAUACCCCUCUUCCAACACCUCGUUCAGGAUGACCAGGAUAGUGUCCGGUUACUCACCGUCGAGAUCCUCAUCUCCAUUGCGGAAGUCGUGCCCAAGGAGCAACAAUCCAGCCACGGCGUCCUGCUGACGUCACUGCGCAACCUGAUAGAGGACAAGAGUUGGAGGGUCCGGUACAUGAUUGCCGACAGGUUUGAAAAGAUUGCCAAGGCGGUCGACGAGGAGGUUGUGUCCAGAGACCUGGUGCCCGCGUUUGUCAAGCUCCUGAAGGACAACGAGGCCGAGGUGCGGACGGCCAUUGCUGGGCAGAUUCCCGGGUUCUGCGCUCUCGUGGACAGGAACACGCUCCUGAACGACAUCAUGGGCAGCAUCGAGGAUCUUGUGUCCGACACCUCCCAGCACGUGCGUGCAGCACUGGGAACCCAAAUCAGUGGGCUGGCUCCCAUCUUGGGCAAACAAGAGACUAUCGACCAUCUGCUCCCCAUGUUCGUGCAAAUGCUUAAAGACGAGUUUCCGGAGAGCAUAGUUAUUGGUAUUGACCACCUUUCGCAAUCCCUGCUACCCGCUAUCGUGCAAUUGGCAGAGGACAAGCAGUGGCGUGUUCGACUGGCUAUCAUCGAGUACAUUCCCCUCUUGGCCAGCCAGUUGGGCGUCAAGUUCUUCGACGAGAAGCUGAGCAACUUGUGCAUGGGCUGGCUGGGUGACACAGUCUUCUCUAUCCGAGAGGCUGCGACACACAACCUGAAGAAGCUAACCGAGGUGUUUGGUGUGGAGUGGGCAAGCGAGCAGAUCAUCCCCAAGGUCAUGGGCAUGGGCAGCCAUCCCAACUACCUGUACAGGAUGACCACCUGCUUCGCCAUUUCCACGCUGGCCACCGUGGUCAGUCUCGAUGUGAUUGCCAAGUCGAUCCUGCCCAUGCUUGACAAGAUGGUCGACGACGACAUCCCCAACAUCCGGUUCAACGUGGCCAAGACGUAUUCUGUUCUGAUUAGCGCUCUGCGUCGCCUGCCGGAAGAAGGCACCCUGUACUCGCUGGAGAAGGAGGGCGCCGAGAUCACGCCGUCUCCUCGCGGCAAUGAGCUUAUUCAGCAGCGGAUCCUGCCGAACCUCACCAAGCUGCAGAAGGACGACGACGUAGAUGUGCGUUACUUCGCCACGACCGCAGCGGUCGAGGCGACGGGUGCCUCGGGGGGUGAGCCUAUGAGUACAUCACCAUAG